GGAGCCCAAACAGUGUCCGAGUUGCUGAUUGACCUGUCAGAGUACGUCAAUGUAACCUCGCCGGCGGCGCCCGCCUUGGCAGCGACUCCGCGGCAACCACCUAAACCACCUCCAGUCAGUGCUAGAGCCUCUGCAGCAGAGUUAGUUAGCACCCAGAGCGACCAGCUAGACAGACCAGGUGCCAGAGUUGUGGUUUCCCGCUCCUUCGCUGACUUCACCCCUCAGGCGACCUUUGACAUCAAGAAAUGCGACGUGCACCGCCUGGAGGAGGGUCCUCCGCUGAAGGCCGAGCUGACUCGGGAGCAGGGCCUGCAGUAUUACCGCAUCAUGCAGACGGUGAGGCGCAUGGAGCUCAAAGCCGAUCAGCUGUACAAACAGAAGAUCAUCAGAGGUUUCUGUCACCUGUACGACGGACAGGAAGCUUGUGCAGCAGGCAUCGAGGCCGCCAUCAACCCCUCCGAUCACCUGAUCACCGCCUACCGCGCCCACGGAUACACGUACACCCGCGGCGUGUCCGUCAAAGAGAUCCUGGCCGAACUCACGGGUCGCAAGGGCGGCGUGGCCAAAGGCAAAGGAGGUUCGAUGCACAUGUACGCGCCACAUUUCUACGGAGGAAACGGCAUCGUGGGAGCUCAGGUGCCUUUAGGAGCCGGCAUCGCUCUGGCCUGCCAGUACCAAGGCAACAACCAGGUGUGUGUCACACUCUACGGAGACGGAGCUGCCAAUCAGGGCCAGCUGUUCGAGGCGUUCAACAUGGCUGCCCUGUGGAAGCUGCCGUGCAUCUUCAUCUGCGAGAACAACCAGUACGGUAUGGGGACGUCGAUGGAGAGGGCUUCAGCCAGCACCGGACUCUACAAGAGGGGAGACUUUGUACCGGGAAUCAGAGUGGAUGGGAUGGACGUCCUGUGUGUCAGAGAGGCCACAAAGUUUGCUGCAGACCACUGCAGGUCUGGGAAGGGUCCCAUUAUAAUGGAGCUGCAGACCUACCGUUACCAUGGACACAGCAUGAGUGACCCAGGCGUCAGCUACCGCACUCGGGAGGAGAUUCAGGAAGUGCGCAGCAAGAGCGACCCCAUCUCCAUGCUGAAGGAGCGCAUGCUCAGCAACAACAUGGCGUCGAUAGAGGAGUUCAAGGAAAUCGACGUGGCGAUCCGUAAGGAGGUGGAGGACGCCGCCCAGUUUGCGACGUCCGAUCCAGAGCCGCCGCUGGAGGAGCUGUGCAACCACAUCUUCCACAACAACCCGCCCCUGGAGGUCCGCGGGACCAACCCCUGGGUGGUGCUCAAGUCCGUUAGCUAGACUCACACACUCCUAAUACAGAUACACACCGACCUUCGUCAAAAGUAGAGUCCUUCAACCUCACUGACACCCUCACUUUUGAAAGAAAUACCCCAAAAGCAGCUUCUUCUUUCGAGUUUUAGAUCAUUCCAGCACCUUAAUGGGACUCAACCUGCAACCUGUCAGUGUAAUUUAUUUUAUAGUUUUAUAUAGAAGUAUUUUAAGAUUUCUUCUUUGUUCUGCUGCACAUCUGACCAGUCUGUGGGUGUAGUUGUCGUCCAGCCACUGUGUGCAGCUGCCGUUUGAUAAUGAGAUGUGAAGCCUGUAGUUAACAGGUUUUAAAAUGUUGCAGGGUUGAACUGUAUACGCACAAAACGUAGGGUUCCUUUCCCUCGUAGGACACAUCUGUUACAACUUCCUCUGCUUUUUAGUUGCAUUAUUUUUACAGUUUGAAACACUUUUUUCCUCCAAAAAUCCAUCUGUGAAAGUCAGACAGUUUAAAUUAUUUUAAAGAGACGGCAGGAACAGAUUCAGUGUAUUUGGUGUCAGAAAGCUCGAUAUAGGUGAUAUGUGUUUUUUUUGAAGCAGUGGUGGAAAGUACAUUUACUCAAGUACAAUUGAGUAAUUCUAUUUUAUUCUACUUUAUACUUUCGGAGGGAAGUAUUGUACUUUUUACUCCACAUUUAUUUGAUUUUAAAUUAUUUAUUUAUUACAGAUUGACACUAUUAAUACAAAAUAUUCACGAUAAACAUUAUGCAUUAAGCUUCAGUUACCAUCUGAAACAUUAAAGUGAUGAUUAUAAUCCAAUAAUAUUAUGGUUAAAGUCCAUAUUGAUGCUUAUCGCCUACUACAAGGAGUUUCUAACUGUUUAUGUAGGUCCUACAGAGGCGUCGGUAUUAAACUGUUUCAUAACCAAACAGCAGAGAGCAGAUUGGCUGUUUCUAUGUAGUUAUUAAUGUGAUUGUGUGUUCUUAACCGGGUCAAAUUCCCCUUGAAAUCAAUGAAAUGAGGUGGCAGAAACACUACCACCUUUGUCCACAGGGGGCACCAGAAUCAACAUAAAAUAAAAGCUCCUUUAUUGCCAUUUUAAGUUAAAGAUCUGAGUACUUCCACCACUGGUUACAUGUAUGUUUGAGCUGCAGGAAUUUACCUUAUGAGGAUUAUGUAUAAGAUUUAAGUGUCAGAAAUUAUUUAUACAGUGAAUUAAAGCUCUAAAGUAAAUAUUUAACAUCCAGUUUUAACCAGAGUGACUUCCAGGAAUGUUUCUCACCUGCUCAUCCCGACAUUUACCAGCUGCUUCACCUUUCCAUCGCCUACACUGGAGCACUUUACCUGUCCAGAUAAUCUCUACCUACCUGACUGUGCACACUAGAACAUUUCUCCUCCUCUGCUGUUGGAUGGAUGCACUACAAUAUGUUAUUAACAGAACACUUAAUUAUGUAAAGACGCAUUUAAAAUCUGGAGCUACAGUAGCACUGACUGGAUUUUUCCUCCUUUACAUACCUUUCUAUGUUUACUGUCACUGAGCCUGAAGUUGUACAGAUAUAUAAAGCUUUACUUCCCUCUGUGUGUGUGUGUGUGUUGAACUGAGAGACUAAAAAUAAAUACAUAUAGAAAGCAGCAA